CCUAUUUUCCUCUCAAACUCUUACCCUUCUAACUUCCCCUUCCACCGCCGCCGUCCUGAGUGCAGCGCCGCCGCCGUCCUGAGUGCAGCGCCGCCGCCGUCCUCCGUGCACUGCCGUUGUCCGCCGCUGGUUGCCGCCGUUCACCGCCACCGUCCACCACUCCUUUUUUUUCGCACCUCUCUCUCCACAUCAAGAUGAGCAAUGAACAAUCAACCUCGCGUACCCGCCCAAACUAUGUGCCCUUAACCGAAGCUGAGCGCAACAAUGAAAACGCGCUUUGGGUGACGCCCCACAUGGUUGCGAACGAUCAAGAAGUGUUGGACCAAAUCAAAGUCAUAAUUGGAGGACACUUUCUUGGAAACUGGGCAGCAUACACAGAAGUAGACCCCAAGGUUCGUGAACUUUGGUGGAACCUUUUCAAGGGUCGGUUUCGAUGGACUGAAGCCCAAGGUCCAGCUAUUCUUAGAGCGUAUAACGCUAGGAUUUCAAAUUGGCUUCGUCCUACUUUUAGGCGUGCCCGAACGAGCGGGGUAAAGCCUGGAUGGUGUUCGGAUGAGGUGUGGGCUAACCUCGUCCGUCACUGGUCUUCUGAUCCAAACUUCUUGGCAAGAAGUCAAUCCGGUAAGAAAAACCGGAUGUCCGAGAAAGCCUUAGAAACCCAAUGGCAUGGGGGCCGCAAACCUCAGAGUAGACAUAAGGAAGAUCUU